CAAUAAAAUAUAAUUAUGGCUGGUUUUGGAGAUUACAGUGGUUAUAAUCGUCCCUUCGGUCUCGAUCCUAAUAGAGAGACUAAUGAUAUAUAUGAUACACGUUACCAACAAAUAUAUGGUUACCACACCCCUUUAACAGAAGAAUAUCAAGGCCCGCCCUUAGUAAUGGAUGAUACUCCAGAAGAAGAAAACAAUGCCUAUGUUACCACUGCAAUUAGUGUUGCAAGUCUUAUUACUGAAAAUCUUUUAAGCCAUCCAUUCAUAGUGCUCAGACGACAAUGUCAGGUACACAAUAGCUUGAGAAAUUAUCACAUUGUGCCAUACACUCUUCUUCCGGUGGUUGUGAGAUUGCACAAGAGGCAGGACUUCACUACACUGUGGAAAGGAAUUGGCUCCACAUGCAUUGUAAAGGGUCUAAAUUUGGCAGUGGAGGAUGUUCUAGCAAAGGGGACGGGGUGGCCAAAGGAAAUUGGAAAAUGCAGUUCAGCUUUACAAUUUUUACAACAUUUAACUUUGAAAUGUAUAAGUAUAGCUGUUGUCACUCCAUUCUACUCAGCUAGUCUUGUAGAAACUGUUCAGAGUGACAUAGCUAGUGAUAAACCAGCCUUAUUGGAUGUAUUCAGGGAAGGAUUUGUGCGUAUCCUUGAAUGGGGAACUCCCUCCCGUGGUAGGAUGCUUCCCAUAUGGGCUAUUGUGUUACCAACAGUUGCCCUCGGCAUCUCAAAAUACUUAACUCACAUCUUAUUAAGAAGUAUAACUGUAAGAAUCCUGCGCUUUCAAUACAGACACAAACGUGAAUUAAAUGAUUCAUAUAGUGUUGACCAUUCUAAGAAUACACAAAAUCCUCUCAUAGAAGAUAUGAAUUUGAAGGCUAAUAUAUUUUCCUUUAUAAGCAUGGAAAUCCUAUUCUAUCCUGUUGAGACAAUUAUACAUAGGCUUCAUAUACAGGGAACGAGAACCAUUAUAGACAAUCUAGAUACAGGAACAUCUGUGACACCUAUACUAACAGGUUAUCAAGGAUUCAUGGACUGCUACAACACAACCAUUGCUAAAGAAGGUUUUGGCGGCCUAUACAAAGGUUUUGGUGCAUUGAUGUUACAACUUGCUGCACAUCUAGCUAUUAUCAAACUAACAACAUUAGUUGUGUCAGAAAUGUCUAAUCUUUUCAAACCAGCUAACAGUCCGACAAACUCUGAAGAUUCUGUACAUCAGCAACAAAAAUAUUUAUUUAAUUGAGUUAUUGGAUUAUGAAAUACUUAAUUUUAUUAUUUUUCAUCAACCUACACCACAUUUAGCCAGUGAGCAAUUGUUAUAUAUAAAAAAUCAUUACAUUUACAAAACAAUUUUUUAAUUGAGUUUACCUUUUAGUAAAUAGUCCAAUACAAUCCAAUCCAGUCCAAUCCAAUACAGUUGAUUGAACUUUUUUUUUUAAUAAUGUCAGGUCUUUAAUGUUUUGUUGUAAAUUUUUCAUUAGCUUUAAGAAAACUGUUUAGUGAGUCUUAACUUAUUUGUUAAAGUGAAAAUAAAACUCAACAUAA